ACCACCACCACUAACCCCCCCACCACCACACCACCACCACCACUCACUCACUGCCCUCUUCCCAUUGCCGCCGCCGCCGCUUUGUAAAUACAUGGCGAGGUCCGGGCUCUGACCGCCGCGGAUAAAGAGCCCGGCGGUCGGGGUGGUGGGGUGGGGGGCUCCUUGCAGGUCGAGAGGCGGCGGCGGAGGCGGCGGCCCUGCGGUGGGAGCGAGGGGCGCUCGGAGGCCUCCACGCCAUGGAGCCUGCGAAAGCCUCUAAGGAUGGGAAAAAGUCGGCGAAAGAAGCUCCCGAGAACACAGAUGAGGCAACGGCAGCAGCAGCAGCGGCUGCCGCUGCAGCUGGAGGGAGUGGCAAGAAGCCCAACAGCAGCCAGACAGCGGCGCCGCCUCCUCCGCCGCCGCAGACGCCGCUGAACAAGGUGAAGUAUGCGGGGCCCCCGCACAUCGUCAAGAAGGAGAAGCGGCAGAGUUCGUCGCACUUCAACGUCAGCAAGGACCGCGAGCUGCAGAAGCUGCCGGCGCUCAAAGAUGCGUCGGCGGCCGAGCGGGAGGAGCUGUUUGUGCAGAAGCUGCAGCAGUGCUGCGUACUGUUCGACUUCGUGUCGGACCCGCUCAGCGACCUCAAGUGGAAGGAGGUGAAGAGGGCGGCGCUGAACGAGAUGGUGGAGUACAUCACACACAGCCGCGGCGUCAUCACCGAGCCCAUCUACCCGGAGGUGGUGCACGUGUUCUCGGUGAACAUGUUCCGCACGCUGCCACCGUCCUCCAACCCGACGGGGGCUGAGUUUGACCCCGAGGAGGAUGAGCCCACGCUGGAGGCCGCCUGGCCACACCUCCAGUUGGUUUACGAGUUCUUCUUAAGGUUUUUGGAGUCGCCAGACUUUCAGCCAAACGUCGCGAAAAAGUACAUCGAUCAGAAGUUUGUCAUGCAGCUGCUGGACCUCUUUGACAGCGAGGACCCACGCGAGAGGGACUUCCUGAAGACCACGCUGCACCGCAUCUACGGGAAGUUUCUGGGGCUGCGGGCGUACAUCCGCAAGCAGAUCAACAACAUCUUUUACAGGUUCAUCUAUGAGACGGAGCAUCACAACGGCAUUGCGGAGCUUCUGGAAAUCCUGGGCAGCAUCAUCAACGGCUUUGCGCUGCCGCUCAAGGAGGAGCACAAGGUGUUCCUCCUCAAGGUGCUGCUGCCCCUGCACAAGGUGAAGUCCCUGAGCGUCUAUCACCCCCAGCUGGCGUACUGUGUCGUGCAGUUCCUGGAGAAAGACAGUACCCUCACAGAGCCAGUGGUGAUGGCGCUCAUGAAGUUCUGGCCCAAGACUCACAGCCCCAAGGAGGUGAUGUUUCUCAACGAGCUCGAGGAGAUUCUCGACGUCAUUGAGCCGGCCGAGUUCGUCAAGGUCAUGGAGCCGCUCUUCAGGCAGCUCGCCAAGUGCGUGUCCAGCCCUCACUUCCAGGUGGCGGAGCGCGCUCUCUACUACUGGAACAACGAGUACAUCAUGAGCCUCGUGAGCGACAACGCCGCCAAGAUCCUGCCCGUAAUGUUCCCGUCGCUCUACCGCAACUCCAAGAGCCACUGGAACAAGACCAUUCACGGGCUCAUCUAUAACGCACUGAAGCUCUUCAUGGAGAUGAACCAGAAGCUCUUUGACGACUGUACACAGCAAUACAAGGCAGAGAGGCAGCAGGAAAAACUAAAGUUAAAAGACCGCGAUGAGGCGUGGACAAAGAUUGAGUCUCUUGCAAAGACAAACCCACAGUACCAGACGCGCCUGCAGCAGGACCUGAACGGCGCCGUGGUCUCCAUGGAGACGGACACGCCCUCCGCCGAGGACAUCAUCCAGCUCAAGAAGUCGAUGGAGACGGAGGCCAUGCAGUGCGUGCAGCCACCCAAGCCCGAGGUGAAGAAGGUUCUCCUGCGCCGCAAGUCGGAGCUGCCCCAGGACGUGUACACGAUGAAGGCGCUGGAGGCGCACCGGCGGGCUGAGGAGUACCUCUCCACCUCGCCCGAGACUAUAGCCUCAGCCCUUGGACACACUGCCUAGGCGCUCGCACACCUGCAAGAUAAGAGCUGCCCGUUGGUGCGUUGCGUCUGCCCCAAAUGGUUACUUGGGUUUCUGCAGCCAGUUUUUUAGUUUUCCUCCGAAAUGUCACGUGAUUUGGCUUUUGACACCGCACACAACGGCGGCGGCAGGGGCAACGAUGACGAUGCCGGUCUCUUUCACGCCCCGCUUUCACAGCGGGACCUGGCUUCCGGGCUACGGUAUUUUUCCCUUGCAAAAUUCACUUCGACUCGACCGUGAGAAGUCAACAACGGCCGGCGGGGAACGCGCUCGCGCAAGGCCGUCCGUCCGCGGUGUCGUCGUCGCGUCGGUCGUUGCGUUGCGAAAUCGCUGCCUCGGAUCCCCCCCCCCCCACCCUUUGUGAAGAGAUGGUGAAUCUCUAGGCAUGUUCUCAACCUGGUUUUAGAAUAUAGAACGUCCCCUUCAUUCGUUAACUGCGAUUCUGAUCAACUCGGUUUCUGGCGGACUGUGACUUGAUAUGCGAUCGUCGAAAAAGCCUAGACUUGAAAUUUUACACAAUGAAGGCCUCUUGCUGUCACCGCGCAGCUCUCUCACGAAUUCGCUCUGAAAUCGGAGAAAUCUCCAAUCUCCAUGUCACCAGAGAGGAAACGAAGUUGAUGCAUAACUCUAACCCAGCAACAGCAGCCGCGCGGAGAUGGGAUUGGUGGAUCACGCAGGGAUUGGAGCCCUCACGACAAUGAUCGUGAUGAGACGCCUGCAUGCGGGGCAGCAAAAGGUGUUGCCUGUUUGGUAGGCAGUACAGCAAGUAGGCGUGCAGCAGGCUGUCCGUGCUGCUGCAGUGAGAUAGGUUUUCUCCCCUCGUGGGUGGCGUUCUUCAGGCUGCACGAAUUGGCCACACGACCCAAGUGGUGGGGCAUUUCCCUGCAAAUAUUUUUCAAAGUGCUGAAUGAAAUUUUCCAAUAUUCAUAUGCAAAGAAAAGCCUACGGCUUGCAAACUGAAAAAAAAAAAACACAUCAGGACUGCAUAAAUACGUUGAUUUAAAAGUGCAACGGGACACUUGUGUGACGUGUUCUGCACGUCUGCGGCACCUGUUGUGAUCCAGCGGAGCUCUCCCUGCGUUCUGGGUUAUGGUUUCACAUCGACCAAUGGGAUCCGGCCGUGAUUUCUGUCGGAGCCAAGACGGGGCAGGAGUGACGGCGCACGCGAGACUUCGACUGCGAACGCAAGCGUUCAAUAUUUUACGCCGUCAAAUUCCGAGAGUCUCUGGCUCCCUAAUUGCCGUCGGGCUUUAGUGGUGGUUCCCGGCGCUCGUAGAGCCAGUCCGAGGCACUUGCAGGGAUGCUCGUUUAACGUACGAGGCUUACAAAGCCAGAUGAAGGCAGCCUCAAGAUGUAUCUGGGCUCAGUGCUGAUGCCUGUUGGCCUGGCUUCCCCCUGCCCCCACUCGCAAAGUGCCCGCUCUUGUUUUGUCUCCGACAAAAGUGACGGUGAGUUGGAUCGCGCUCGGCCUGCGAGUCGAAGUACUCCGACGUUGGCUUUUCAGAGCUGGGCUACAGUUAUGACGAGGUAGUGUGUCAUCCGGUAAACUUCACCCUCCCCCCCCGUGUUCCCGUGUUAAUACAGCGCAGUUGCACUCGACAAGGUGAAGUAUAAAGAAAACGUAUAUGGUAACAAUAAUGUAUUAUAAACAAUGUUAUAAACAAUGUUAGCCGUGUAAGAUAGGCUCUUGGAAGACGUUGCGGGCUAGGGCGUGUCGUGGACUGUGUUGUUCUGCAUCGAGACGUUCGGCCGCUGUCCGUAUGGGAAUCUUAAAAAUGGAUUAAAAACACAAAAUAAUGUUUUGCCAUGUGCCUCCGACACCAAAAGCACAAUUGGUAUAUAAUCGAUGAAUCAAUGUUUUGUGGGACAAUGAAACAAAUAUAGUAAUAACUUAAUAAACGUGAAACUAAAUUCUCUACUUGACUGUAACCACUGCAUCCGAGCCGGCCAGCACACCGCGCCCCCUCCUAGGUGAGCCAUUCCCUUCGCCCCACGCUGCCUCCACCACCCACGAGGAGGUGCCCACCCCCGGAACGUCGCGUGGGAAGUGUUUCGUCUCCAUGGCUCCCAAACGAGCAACGCAGGUGGACCAUGCUCCUUCUGAGCGAACCUGAGCCAGCGGUGGAAAUUCAGCGUUCCCACGGCAGUAGCCGCGUCUCUCCACACGAUGACCACUCGUGUCUUCCCGCAAAGUGGGGCUCGCUUAAUUGUUGACGUCAGAAGACGCGACGGGCCGAGUCGGCUUUUCGCUGGGACUUGAACUCCCGCCGCGUUCCACUUAUAACAUAGAGCAUUCUAACCCCGGUGCCAGGCGGCCAGAUACACUCCCAUUGCCGUAUUGAUCCGAUUCCCUCCCCCGGUCUCCCCCCGCACCACGAUAACGGGCCCCUCUCGGCGGGGGGGGGGGGCUUGUAGCCGUGCAUCAAUCUGCCCCACGGUCCACCUGUGGACUUCAGUCUUGGUGUCUGCGCGCAUCCACGUAAGUGCGAGCGCGUGAGUGUGAGUGAGCGCAUGAGCUCGCAUUGUCGACACUGGCCGAUGGUGCAGCGAAUCGCGCACGGUGGGCCUGGCUUCUAUUCUCGACCGUGAUGCGCAACGCCGCCCGCAAAUGUCAUCUUGAACGCGAUUUUUAGCCCUCCCCCCUAGGUGGACUCAGCCUGGUGAGUUUUUUUUCCAGUGCGGUACUUGAACACCCCGGCAUUGGAGAGACGAAAGGUGGAUGGCACUUGUCCUGGCCGCACCGCCGAUUUGUGUGGUGCGCGAUGGCCUUAAUAGGCGCUCGCUUAACAGCACUACUCGCUGUACAGGCUGUGUGGGAAAAGGGUGCAUAUUUUGGUGUUGUCAUGUGGUUACAAAGCAAGCACAUCGUGCUGCAGUCUGGGCAACCUGGGUCCAAUUCCAUGUUUACGGCGCACACAGUCUGCAAGUGGUCACCGAGCCUGGCCUGGGUCUGCAACGAAGUGGAUCCGGCCUAAAAGAAGUAGCGCCAAUUGCGGUGGUGGUGUGGUCAAAGGCCGACGUGGCGUGUGUGAUUCUGGCCUCGCCAUGCUCCACGUGCGGGGUGUUAGCUUUACCUGGUGCUCGCUUAACAGCACUUGCCUCCCCGGCAUAGUGUCAGGCUGAGCUUCUGUUGGUCGGCUACUUUUAAAUGUUCUUUGAAAUGAGCACUCAUUCUUGCGAUUCCAAGCCCUUGCUCAACAUGCCUACUAAAUUUCACUCACAUGUAAAGUGGCGAGAUGGCGCGGUGGCGAGAUGUGAACUUCCUCGCCUGGUGUUCAGGAGGUCGUGGGUUCGAUCCCGACCCUUGACGCCUGUAUUAUUUGGAGUUUGCAUCUUCUGCCCGUGGUCGCGUAGAUCUUUCCCUGGGUCCCUCCGGUAUUUCCCUCCACAUUUGGAAACAUGCGUUUAGAGUAUUUAGCUGCUAUAAAUUUCCCCCGAUAAGCCACUUCGUUGAGCUAUCAUUUGUGGCCAGGUCGCUUCUGAAAAAGAGCUACAUCGCUCAGUGGGGGCCUUACCUGGUAAAAUACAAUGCUUGGUUUAGAAAGCUUACAUAUAUCAGGUUGUGGCUCCUAUUCCAUAGAACUUGAGCUGCAAACUCUUCAGCCACCUCAUAUCUUGACGUCAAAGGGAAGAGGCGGCCGCUGAGUAUGCGGCUCUUGCCGUGUGGAUAAACCUCGCCCUCCAUGCGUUCGAAGCUUAGGUGAGGAAGGGGGAAAACAAAAACGAGCAUAAUUUUAUUUCAGCCGAUUGAAUCUGUGCAACUUCCACAUCUUCCCGGUGAUGAAUCACCCUGAUCUAUACAAUUGACGGCGUGAAAGUUGUUAUUGAGGUGGUUACACAUUUUUUUUAUUAAGUAAAUGAGGCAAAAAGUGCCCGAAUUUGGUGGCAUUGACGGUGGCUGAUUUCUCACUGGUAUCGCUCAUCUCGUGACCACGUCAAUCAUCCCAUCGCCAUCAUUGACAUCGUCAUUUCCCGUGACAUUUACAACGGUGGCACAGAUUACACAUGACACGGGGCACUUGCUGUCACCGAUAGUCGUAUGCCCUCGUCAAGAGAUGCGCAAUUUGUGGUUAAUUGUAGGGCAGGGAAGUCUGCUGCGCACACCCAAACGCCGCUGCCAUGGUUACGGGUAUAUUUUGCGCGUGUGUGUGUGGGAAAAGGUGUAGGGGCGUGAACUGUGUCACCGUGGCCCGCUUUGAACCAAUCGGCUCUCAAGAACGAACAAUCCCGAGCGUUGAGAUUGAGCAAAACGAUGUUGUUGGUUUGUGUUCCGGUGUGUGAAUUUGGUGUGACGGUCGUUGCCGCCUGAGUGGCUCUGCGCGGAUCGCCGUGCCGCAGCAGGGAGCCAGCGCCACCGACAAUCCGACUUUGAAUCUCGGUGUUUGUCCGAGCCGCUCGCCCGUGAUGUCAACCGGGUUCCCAGGUGCCGUCACCUAAUCGUCGCCCAAUUCAACCUCUCGCCGUGGCCCGCCCCUGUCCGGAGAAUCCCAUCGCUCGGAGAAUCCCAUCACGCGUGCGAUGGGAUUGAUGUGCCGUGCCCGUUCGUUCCGAGCGGAGGAGGAGGAGGGAGGGAAGGCAGGCGGGCAGGCUCGCCGCCUCGUGUCGAGUAAGAGAGGCCAGCCCAAGUGACAGUCUGUGUUGUGCAAGCCCUUCUACAACUCAUCCACUCGGUCUCCGAUUUAGCGCGGUUGGCUACGUACACUGCGAAAGAAGUUUAACGUACAUAGAUAUCACUCUGGCCUCUGUGUAUGAAAUAGGGGCCAUUGCCCGAAACGUCGCCUGUUGUAUAUGUUUCAUAAAGGCCACAGUGGGUUCAACGGCGAAUGUAUUCACGUUUGGUUGUUGGCACAUUUAGCUUGGCUGCAGUGGCCACAGUCUUCCAGGGCCCUCCGCUGGCGGCGUGGAUUCCGUUCUCGAUGCCUCUGCCUCGUGACCCCGCUGUGCUGUUGCAGCAGUAGCAGCACAAUUGUGGGGACGAUUUGGCGGUGACGUUUCAAAGGAAUAGCAAUGGAACUGUGUGCGGUGAAGACUUUCUCGCGAUCCUCACCACUCCGGCGACUGUCCCCCUGGUCCCGAGGCCUGCCCCAAGGCAGCCCUCGUUUAGCCUCGGUGCUGAGACACGAUUCUGUGUGCGCGCGUGUGUGUGUGUACAUGUGCAUAUUAUACACAGGGCGGCGUGUGUGUGACGGGUUACGUGCACGUCUGUUCUAACACGCUACAUAAUAAUACAAGGGUGCUGUUAAGCGGCAAAAAAACCUUUUCACGCGUGAUGUAAACUUAUUCGGCGCAUAAUAACAACAAUAACGGUCGUGGUGAUGAUGAAUAAAGACGUUUCCGUGUGUGUAAAAUGAAAGUUUGAAGGCUUGUAUAUGAAUAACAGUUGAAUAAUAAUACAACCCACGUGUUGUUUUGGAAGCGAUCAGAUUGUCCGCUCUUAGCACGGGGGGUUGGAGGGGGACGCCAGUUUUAAUAUUUGCAAUAAACACGUGAACGUCAUUGU